CAAGGAAGGACCUGAAACGUGCAAUCGAUUCAUACCAAUAAAACCAUUCUUGUAAGAUGCAUAAUGUUUCAAAAAUCACAUUAGAAGACUUUCAUUUACGAGAUGUGAAGUUGCCAGCGGCUUGUCCUUACCAUAUAAGGCGAGUUCAUUUUCCUUCCAACGUGUUCUGUUGUAACUUGCUGAUAACUUGUAGCUGCGUGUGAUAGGUGGGAGGGUCUCAGUUCCUCCUAGAAGCCGGUGCUGAGGAGACGUGGUAGCCGAGCUGUUCUACAUGAUUCUUCCUUGGCUCGGGACUUAAAGAUAUUAGCCUGCAUGCUGAAAUUACUGAAUGAUUUCUGGUGGUUUGUGAAGGGCAGUGUACAAAAAAAGGGAACGCAGAACACUAUGAGGACCUUAAGAAGUAAAGCAUAUUGUGUUCCUGGAAGAGCUGGCCCUUCAUUUCGCGUCCCAGGAGAGAGCCAGCAGGAAUGGGUAGUGCCAAACCCCCCUCCAGUGCCUCAGACAUUAUCGUCUGCUGUGGAACAGUUAUUGGAGACGUAUACCAGAGCUCACUCGACCCCACCCGAUGAGCCUUGUCCGAUAUGCAUGUGCAGUCUUCAAUGUCCAAGUGAUUGUAGCAGUCAGGAAUUAACUGAAGAUGAAGGUGUUGUUAAGAUGACAAAGUGUGGCCACUCGCUUCACAAGUUGUGCGCGAGAAUGAUGGCAGAAUCGAAGCAAUAUUUCAUUCCCUGUCCUAUGUGUAAAACUGUCCAUGGUGUGAGACGAGGAAAUCAACCUGACGGAAUAAUGGAAGUCAGGACCGUAAAUGAUAAUCUUCCUGGAUUUGACUGUGGUACUAUCGUCAUCACAUACAGGUUUGGAGGGGGUAUACAAGGUCAAGGACACCCAAAUCCAGGUCAUCCCUAUCGAGCACAUGCCUUCCCACGUCGUGCCUUCUUGCCAGAUAAUGAAAGAGGAAACAAAAUCCUACAGCUGUUGGAGGUUGCAUGGCAGAGACGUCUCAUAUUCACAAUCGGCACAUCCGUAACUAGUGGCCUGGAAAAUGUCAUUACAUGGAAUGAAAUCCACCAUAAAACAGAAUGGGAAGAUUUCCAUGGUCAUGGCUAUCCUGACCCAGCCUAUCUAGAUAAUGUUACCAUGGAGUUGGAGCUGCAAGGUGUGACAGAGGCUGACCUGGAGAGUAAUGUAAACCAAAGCCAGGAAUAAAUUAACUGUGAUAUUUUACUCUCUCAUUUCUUAUGAGAGAUGUAAUCCGUAGGUAAAUGUAUAUUUUUGAGAGUGGAAAAGAUUCCAUUAGGAUAUAUUUGAGUGUGAAAAAGGUUCCAUUUCGGCACCAUUUUCAAGUUACCCCCUCGGCUCAUCUGUCCCCCAAUAUCUGAAACUUCUCAGAAAUUACUACCUUUGUUUUUCUUCUUCUUCUUCUUCUUCCAUAAGCAAGAAAAAUACCAUGAGACAGAACAGUAAAAUGUUACAAGAAAUGUACAUGAUCUGUAAUCCUACCUUCUAAGUGUUGGAUUUAUAAUAAUUAGGUUAUCACAAAAUAAUCUCAAGGUGCUAACAAAGAAAAGGGUAUUUUCUCUAUUACAUUUUUUUUCUAUCUCUCCUUCAAACAUUUCCUCCAUGUGAUAUUUUAUUUCUUAUGGCAGUAUUUUACACUUUUAUCAUUUCUUUUCAGAAGUAUUUUACAAAAUGCCAAUCUCCCUCAAAAGAUAAUGAAAAAUAAAUACUCGUAUGAACAUUUCUGUUUUUAUAUAUUUGUAUAAGAAUCUAUAUAUCUAUAUGAUUCAAUCUACAUGCACCAAAUUAUGCGUGGAUAUAAAAAUGUACGUGUAUGUAUUUGUGAAUUUUGUGGCUUUGAUUUAUCACAUAUCCUUCUUUCGCACAUAUAUAAUUCUGACAUACGAUAGCGGAUUCUGUAAGAGAAUUGUGGAUUAAGAUUCCAAUAUGCUGUUGGUGGUUUUGCAUUAUUUUCCAUUGCAAUAGUUAUGUUUUAUUAAGCUUGCCCUUUAAAACUCUUGCUGCUCAUACCAUGAAACCAGUAAUAGUCCUGUAAACUUAGAUUUUAAAAGGGACUUCUGAUUAUUAUUAUCAUCGUCAUUAUUAAUAUCAAUAUAAGUAAGUUCUGAAAGAGAAAAUCCCUUAUAUCCCUAUUACAUGAUUUUUUAAAAAUAUAAGGUCUGUUCUGAGAUAUGCUAAAAAAUAAUGAUGUCCACAUUGCAACUUAAACUUGCAGAAUUUGUUAAUUGACACUUUCAUUCAUAAAUUUAAUAUUUAAUAUGGCAGAAAAUUACAUGAGUAAACUAAAAUGAACAUACAUUUUAUAUUUU